AUGCCAGCUGUCAAAAAAGGCAGGGUGACAAAACCCAAGGCUAAACAGCCAUCCCAACGAAAAGUCACUCGACGUAGCUUGACAGGAAAGGCAAACGAUGAUCAGAAUAAAGGUGAGUUGGCCAUCAAAAUGCGAUUAUCGAUAGAUCCCAAGCCACUACCUCUGGUAGAGCGCACCAACAGUCUACCAAUCGAAGAAUUCACAUCGCUAUAUAUCAACCCAAAGCUCCUUGAUUACGAUUUACUUUGGCGUCCGAAUGGCAAAUACAGUCCUUAUGACUGCAAUACGUUUCACAUCAAAAUGCACUGCACCGUUGACGUAUACUCAUCCAGUACGAUUCCCGCCGAGGACUUCGAUGCGUGUUUCAAACUCAUCGAGCAGACGUCGGCAGACGCUUACAGGGCGUCCAGCUGGGGAUGGUCUGCGGCUCGCAAGCGAAAAGAGAUGCGAUUGCCUGAUAUGAAAUAUCUCAUUCAGCGACGCAGCCAGACAGGCUCACCUGAAGUGACCUUUGCCGACGGCAUGUCCUUCCGGAGGGGAGAGAUACUUGCGUUCCUUUCGUUUAUGGUCACAUACGAGGACGGCAAGGAAGUAAUUUACUGUUAUGAGGUGCAUGUGGCCCCGAAGGUUCAAGGCCAGGGAAUUGGAAUGCAUCUGAUGAUGCUGUUGCGAUCAAUCGGGGUCAACAUUGGCCUGGAGAAGGCUAUGUUGACCUGCUUUCGGUCUAAUCGACGCGCAUUGCGGUUUUACAAGUCGAUCGGUUACAAGGUGGAUGAGAACUCCCCUAGGUCGAUCCGGUUGCGGACAGGAGAAGUGGAGCCUGACUACUAUAUUAUGUCCAAAUCUCUGAGACAGAAAUCGUCACCUGAGACUGAAGAGGGUUAA